CCGCUGAAAAUGUUUGCGGCGACUGGGAGCCGUAUCGUGAGAGUAAGUGCGUCAAAGUGAUGGACAAAACUCCGCAGCAAACUUUUGCCGAUGCGGAGAAAACCUGUGCAGCGGCUGCUGAAGGCGGAAAACUGAUCUCCAUCCAAAGUCCCGAUGNUUUUGCCGAUGCGGAGAAAACCUGUGCAGCGGCUGCUGAAGGCGGAAAACUGAUCUCCAUCCAAAGUCCCGAUGAGCAGUCCUUCUUCAGCAACUUUCUUUAUACUAAAAAACAUGUUGUGGACAACCUCUGGCUGGGUGGCCACUUGGUGACCGGAGGAAAACAAGUUUUUCAGUGGAAAGACGGCAGCAAUUUCACCUUUGCAAACUGGGCUUCUGGCAACCCAAAAAACAAUCCCUCUGACAACUGCAUUCAAAUGAAUGCCGACGAGGAG